CACACGUGCGUCCGUUGUCAUUCAGUGGGUUGUUCUUGGAUAGUGAGUGUGAAUUUUCUCUCAGCUGUUAUAAUCAUAAUUGUUUAUUGAUUACAGGUUACGAUUCACCUAUAAAAUGGCAAGAGGAAGUCGCAGUCGUUCGGCACCGGCGAGCUCUCCUGCCCCAUCCCAUGCCCCGGUCCCUGCAUCCCCUCCUCCAAUGGCAGUGGGCCCUGCCGCUGUCCAGCCCAAGCAGCCUGGACUCAUGGCGCAGAUGGCUACCACAGCAGCAGGAGUGGCAGUAGGCUCAGCUGUGGGUCAUGUGGUUGGAAGUGCCAUCACAGGUUCAUUUAGUGGGGGCAGCAGCAGCUCGGAGGCACCCAAACCAACACCCACAUAUCAGGAGCCUUCAAGGCUUCCGGCAACGCAGUCUGGUCCGUGUCUCUUUGAGGUGCGACAGUUUCUGGACUGUGCAACGACUCAGGCUGAUUUGAGCUUGUGUGAAGGCUUCAAUGAAGCUCUUAAGCAGUGCAAACUCUCACAUGGUGUGUCUUCUCUGGUGUAAUGGAGAACCUGGAGGAUUACCAGAAAACAUGGAAUAAAAACUCUAAAUGUAGACAAACUAUUGGUCCAGAAUUGCAAUAUCUUAAGCAGUUAAUGUGUAUAAUUUAUGCAUAGUUGUGACAUAUGCCACUUUUAAUCUGUGAUUAUGUAAAUGAGAUUGUUCAAUAAAAAGUUGCUAUUUA